AUGUCACUUACUCUUGGUGCUGGACUCGCCGCCUUGACCGGUAAUACAGAUACUGCUGCUGGAAUGAUCGAACUGGCCGGUAAAUAUGGGGAGAAACUUGCUGCUACAUCGAUAUCUGCUGCAUAUCAAACAUUAGGCGCAGCUGCCCAAGAAUAUACCGCAGGUGUUCCAAAUCCUGUUUCCGGAGCAUUCCAUGGGUUUGCAGAUGGCAUUGAUAAAGUUGUUGAUGAGGAUGCAAAGACUAGUAUCGACCACGUCAGUUGGGAAGAGUUUUUGAAAGAAUCCACUAUUGGAGCAGCCAAAGGUGCUGCCAGCAGCGGUGGAAUAAUUCCGUAUACCGGAAAACUGACAGAAAACGCUAUGAGAGAAGAUUUGUUCGACGAAACAUUGAGUGCCGAUCAACAGGAGUUUGAUCAUAUGGAAGAGUUGACAAGUGCGGAAUUCUUGCCGGUCAACUACAAACAUCAUAUUUGUAGUGUAAAGGAAGGAGUGGAUGGAGUAAACAUCACAUUGAGGUUGGCUGUUUCGACCGAAGAAGGUGCUAAAAAAUGGCUGGAAUCCAUGCAGAAGUCGUCUUUGGCAACUUUUCGAGUGGAAAGAACUCAUCCUUCUUCUGGUGAAAAGGUGUUGUAUAAGACUGAAUUUCGCUGCCAACAUAAUACCAAACCAAGAACAGCAACAGCUAAUCAACGCAGGGGGUCAAAGAACACAUCUUGCCCAGCAGGCCUGAGUAUUAUUGUGAAAGUCAGCACCUUUGAAAGGUCGGAUGGGAGAGUAAGGAAGAGCAGGUCAUCUGAUCCUCAUUUGCCUGAUCAUCCGAUGGUUGUGAAAUUCAAGUCCACACAUAACCACUUACUGAGGUCUGCAGAUGCUUUGAAGCAUAGGGAUGUGAGUGAAGACGUCAAGGAAAAGUUCCUGGAUUUGUUUAGUAAGGGCUACACUCCUUCAAAGGCACUGGCACUGCACAAAUACGAUCUUCAACUCCAGCACAAUGACAACUACGUUUUCGUCAGUGCUGAUAGAGCCAUCACACCUGAUUUGCAUUAUACUUACAGGUUAUACUACCAGACAUUCAAAAAGGAGUAUGGUGAAGCCAAGGGAGAAUUCGUCCUGAAAGAGUUGGAAAGGAGAAUCAAGGAUGGUUCGCUCGGGGAUGGUGUAAAAUUAUCAAAAUCAAGUGCUGAGGAGAAUGGAAGUGACCCAAAACUCAAUGAGCUACACAAGGCAUUUCUUGCUUUACAGCAAAGCUACAUAGGAGACAAAGAAUUCCUUGGAGGACCAGUACAGAAAUUCACCAAGAAACUUCUGGAACUAAAUUCUGGAACGAAUACUGCGCUAGCUUCCGCGCUUCACUGCUUUGGCCGUUACUCUGGGGUGGCAGGUGCUCUGGGCAAGAAAAGAAAAUCUCUUGUCAGUAUGAAGAAGAUAGGUGUCCAGCCAAUGGCAUUGGCAAGGAGAAAGAUGGUUGCCGGUGGCAGGCACCGCAUUGGCGCUGGAAGACCAUCUAAGGAUUGUUUCACUAGGCGGAAAGAAACUGUGCCAUUUAGUUCCCAGCAUAUGCCUACAUGUAGACGUAAAGCUCAACACAACAUAAGGGAAUGU